UUUCUUCAAUCAAAUUGGUUAAGUUUAACUUCAAUUAAUGUUAUCUAAUUGUUUUUAAUUGUUAUUAAUGAUUUAUUUUAAUUUUGUUAAAAUUAUUAAUCACCCAAGAUGAACAUUAAUAGUAUUUGAAAUUUCCACCUUUCCAAAAGGUUCUUCAAAAAAGUGAAUAACUGUAUUGGAAACUGUUUUCUUCCCAUAUAACAUAAGAGAUAUUCUUCUGGUUAAUUUUAGUUUUUCCUCUCUGUCUAUUUUUGUUUCCUUCCUGUCUCUCUCUCUCUCUCUCUCUUUGUAGUUUUUCUUGAUUGUGUGAGAGUGUAUGUGUGUUUAUUGUUGUUAUUGUUGAUUAGGUUAAUUAUUGAUAUUGAUUAGAAAUUGUAAUUUUCUCUUAAAUCCUUUGUUAAAAUGCCACUUGGAUUAUCCAGCCAAUUGAUUAUUCCGAUAACCCUUUGGGGUAAUCGAGCUCCAACUCAUUGUAUCUCUUGUGUUUAUCUUGGUCGUGAUCUGAGGACUUUGGUCACCGGUUGUAAUGAUGGUCAGUUAUUGGUUUGGGAUUCAUUAAAUUCCAAUUUGAAAAAUAUUCAACCAAGAUGUAUGCUUUUUGGUCAUUCAUCUGGUAUCAUGUGUAUUUCCAGUGGAUCAGUUAAUCCUGAAGAUGAUUUAAUCAUCAGCUCAUCUGAAGAUGGGGAAAUGUGUCUAUGGGAUCUAAAUGAUGGACAGUGUCUUGAAAGCACCAGAUUACAAUAUAUUCAUACCCAUAUGCAGAUCCAUCUCAUGCAAGGAAACGGAGAGACUCGACUUUUCUGCAAUGGUUAUUAUGCUGAAAUUUUGAUCAUCAAUCCGAUUACACUUCAAAUUAUGUUUACAUUAUCAUCACGAGUAAAUCCUGAUUGGAUUUCAGCAAUAGAUAUUGUCUAUCCUGGUAAACCUCAAGACAAUGUGAUUGGCCUUACGGUUUCGGGUUUCGUUAAAGUUUGGAUUCUCACUGGAAAUGAAUCUCGAAGCUCUGAACCAAUCUAUGAACAGGAAUUUAAACAAAUUAAACCAUUGAAUGCACUCAAAUUAACUUGUAAUACUUACAAUCAAUCAACAGUUCUUGUUGUUUGUGCCAAAUAUUGGCAGAUUUACGAUGCACACGAUUUUUCCCUUUUAUUUUCGAUUGACAAUAAACGUAACGAACGUUGGGCCGGCGGAGAGUUUCUAUCGGCUGAGAAAAUUUUAGUCUGGAGCGAUUCUGGUCGAGGUUACAUUUAUCAACUACCGAAAAAUUCACCCAAGGGAAAGGCUCAUAGUUGUAUUCCAGAUCGAAAGGAGUUCCAUGAACAAUCCAAGAAGAACCACGUCAUUGAUCCAUAUUGUAUUCUAACCAUAAAGAAUGAUGAAAGACUUCUUUGUCCUCCAGUUACUCAAUAUCAUCUCAUUCCAGUUCGAUCUUCAAAUUCAUCAUCUUCAACCAACACCCAACAACAACAACAACAGCAAUCCCAACAACCUACUCGAGUUUUUAUCAGAGGCGAUUCCCUUGGUCGUAUUGCUAUUUGGUUCAUUUCCAAUGAAAUGAUCAACGGGGUUACUCUCAACGAUGGAAUCGCUCAGGGUGAUCCUGUUUACCAUGAACCUGACAAUAUUUACUCAUUAACUGAUGCCUGGAAAUCAAUGAAACCUCGUCCAUUAGGAAUUAUGGAUCAAUUGAAUUCUGGUGAUCAUCCGGAUGUUAAAGUAACUGCAAGCGUUUUUCUUCCCAUGCAAGGGACUUUAAUUGUCGGUCGAGAAGAUGGUACCAUCAUUAUUGUACCUGCAACGCAAACACUUAAAUUGCAACUUCUUCAUUCACAAUCAUCUCAAUCGGUCAAUGAUAAUUGGCCACAAUAUCAGGUUCUUUAUGGACAUUCAGGAAAAGUUACUUGUCUCCUUUAUCCUCAUCAUGUUGAUUCUCGAUAUCAGAUUCAACAUCUAGUCUCAGGGGGAGUUGACUUUUCGGUCUGUUUAUGGGAUCUUUAUGCUGGAACUUUAUUAUAUCGUUUCUCCGUUCAUGCUGGUGAAAUAACUCAACUUUUAGUUCCUCCAAAAGAUUGUAGUUCACGAAUUCUUAGUUGUAUUUGUUCCGUGGCCAGUGACCAUUCGGUUGCACUUUUAAGUCUCAAAGAAAACAAAUGUAUCAUGUUAGCAAGUCGUCAUAUGUUUCCCGUUUCAAUAAUUAAAUGGCGACCUCUCGAUGAUUACAUGGUUGUCGGCUGUGUUGAUGGGUCAGUUUAUGUUUGGCAGAUUGAAACUGGACUUUUGGAUCGAGUUGUUCAAGGGAUGUUAGCUGAUGACAUAUUAAGUGCCUGUGAUGAUCAUCAGGCUGCAUCAAAUGAAGAUCGUCUUACCAAUCCAGCGAUUCACCUUUUCCGUGGUCUCAAAAGUCGUAAUCUUGAUGCCAUUAGACAUGCAACCGCUCGAGGUAUCCGACACAUCGCUGGUCCACUUCAUCAGCAGAAACAAGAUGUUAUCGAUCCCGCCAUUCAGAAUCGUUCCCAUCCACUGAUGAUACAAAGUUUAAAAACCAAUCCAAAAGAUCAAGAUAGUCAUGUAUUGGCUUUCGAUGUUGAAUCUCUUAUCGUUAAUUUACUCGCCGAUGCGUACACCCAACUUGACCCGGAGACACUUGAGAAUCGCGGUCUAACCAAUAACAAAGCUUAUCAACGUUACAUUCAAUUGGUUGAAUCGCCGGAAUCAUCUCACAAAUUUUGGUCCAAAGUUAAAGAUUCAGCAGAAUCAGCUGCUCAAAAGAUUCAAGCAAAAGCUGAAAGUGUUGGCUUUAAGCCUGACGUUAAUGUGGCCACUGUUUUGUUUACCCGACGUUCAUCAACAGAAACAGAAAACGCCAAAAAUGGAGUUGAAAACAGUUCCGAUAAACGAACCAAUAAAUUAAUCUCUUCCGAGACUGAUCUUAACAUUGAAAUAUCUCAAAUUUUACUUUCUCUACUUCAUGGUUGGGGAUUGGACAUUGAAAUGGACGGUGUUUGUGAGAGUAAAUUAGGACUUCUUCGUCCUGUUCGACCCAUUUGCUUUGGCGUUUUAUCCAAAGGAGGUCACAUGUCUCUCUAUCUUCCAACUUUCCUGGCGAAACAUGAUGUUAAAUGUGAAAUCUCUAGUCCACCAGUAGCCGGAAAAGAAUUAAAAUUAACCAAUGAAUCACAUUUAUCUAAUAUUGGCUCUUCCGCUAAACGGGUUCGCAUGAAAGAAUCAGGAUCAAUGGAAACAAUUUUCGAUGAAGAUCGAAGUCGAAAAUUUUAUGCCCGCUAUCAUUGGGAACUUUCUACUGCCAUGACAACAACUCACCUUUUGACCAUUUUAUCUUUAGCUCGAACUUUAAUGUCCAUGAAUAAUUCUUCCUUUAUUCCGGAAGGUGAGCGUAAACGUCGAGCGUUAAGUAGACUCUCUAGAUCGGAAUCACGAAAUUCAGAUUCACAGAUUGAAGCGGAUAUGAAAGCCCUCGAAGCCGAUAUGAUGGCAAACAUUCAAGAACAAUCAAAACAAGGUUGGAAACUAUUGGCAGGCUUACAUUGUGUAUUUUUACCCGAACUGGUUAAAACGGGAGGAUUUAAAAAGCCGUUACUUGAUAUUCUGGCCAAAAGGUGGCAAGAUCGAUGUUUAAAAGUUCGUGAAGCCGCUCAAACACUUUUAUUGGCUGAGCUUCGUCGUAUUGGUGCUCGGGGACGUAAACAAUUGGUUGACGAUUGGGCUUCCUACUUGUGUCAAGUGGACGAGCAAAACGGAGCUGCCAUGAAUAAACACCUGAACGUACCAAGUUCCGAUCGAACUCAACAGUCGCAACAUUCACCCUCCAACAUGACUCCCGAUAAUGAUCACGAAGAGUUCAAUUCAUCUGAUGAUGAUGUAGAUGAUGUCGGCGGUGGGGUUGGUAGUGAAGGUGGACGAGGAGUUGGGGAAAAGGGUGAAAACGGUACAUCUUAUCAACGAAGGUCAUCCAGUGGUUCAGAGAUUAGACGGAAACAGUCAACGGCCAUUAUAUUGCUCGGUGUAAUUGGUUCAGAAUAUGGCGAAGGAGUUGAACCUUCCAAGGGUCAAAGAGUAAUGGCCGAAGAAGAUCCUAAUCAGAAAAAGUCGAUCAUUGAAGGUUUUGGUGCUGGUAAUUAUACGCUCGCACGACACACUUCCCGAGCAUUGGCUUAUCUUGUUGAAGCACCACCUUCAACGGGAUUACCCGCUUUUUCAGCCCUUCGUCGAGCUGCUAUCGAUCUUCUUGGUCGUGGUUUCAUCGUUUGGGAACCUUAUCUUGAUGUAACCAAAGUUUUAUACGCACUUCUUGAACUUUGUUGCGAUGCCGAUAAUCUGAUCCCAACGAUGUCCUUUGGUUUACCCUUAACACCGGCAGCCGAUUCUUGUCGAACUGCUCGUCAAGCGCUAAGUCUAAUUGCGACCUCAAGACCAGGUUCUUUUAUCACCACCCUCGCAAGGGAAGUGGCCCGUUACAAUAAUCUACAACAAAAUGCUCAAUCUAUGAAUGUACCGGUGGCCGGUUCUCCCCUUAAUCGAGCCAAACCGGAAAUACUUCGUAACAUUGAACUUCUCAUUGAAAAGAGUCAACAUCAAGUUUCCGAUCUCAUAAUUGAAACAAUCGACAUUAUCCUUCACUGUUUAGAUCCCAAUCAUUUAAAAUCAAAAGAAUUGGGUAAAGUUUUCCCGCCCAUAACCAGAUUUCCAAAUGUAACCUGUUGUACGGCCACUCGUCGGAUCGCCGUUGGUGCUAAAAACGGAAACCUUGCAAUAUACGAACUACGAGCACCCAAACCUCAACUAAUCAAUGCUCAUGCAGCUUCAAUAACCUGCUGUUCAUUUUCCCAUGAUGGUAAACACCUCGUCUCAUAUUCAAUGAACGAAUGUAAAUUGGCCUUUUGGUCAACGGCAACCAGUCUAUUCGGAUUAGGAAAUUCGCAAACCAAAUGUGUUAAAACCUUUAAUACUCCACCAAAUGGACCGGACAAUGUGACCAAAUUACCGAGACUCCUUUGGGUCAGCAAUAAAACCAUAUUACUUGUCUUUCCCGAUGGAAGAGAAAACAAAUUUACAAUUUAAAUUGUUGAUUCUCAUCUUUCCAUCAACAAUUAGAAGUUAAUUCAUCCAAAGGAAAAAUUGUUAAAAAAGCGUUCAAACGAAAUUAAUUGUUAACACAUCCACACCAAUGCAACACCAAUCGAAUUGUUAAUUAUUAUUAUUAAGUUAAUUUAAAUCUCUCUCUCUCUCUCUCUCUCUCUCUUCAACUCUUGCAUCUUUAAUUUUCAUCUCUCUGUAAUUUGUUAAUUACUUUUUUUUCUUAUUUUGUUAUAAUUUCUUUCUAAUCAUCAACAAUUAUUGUUUUGAUUUGUUUUUCAUAUCAUCAAACAAUUUAUAUAAUUAU